CUUAAAAUUAACCGCUUUGCAGUAAUUCUAAUAUAACUCCUAGUGUAUAUUAUGACCAUAAAGAAAACCAAACUAACUAAUCCCAAACGGACAAAUCCUUAUGUCAAUGAACCAAUUGUUUCUUUCAGAGGAGUGAAUUAUAGUAGUACUGAAUUCAAUAAUAACGAUAUAAAUCUAGCAGCCGAUGGUGGACCGGUUAAUCUAGUCCUCUGUUUAGAUGGGACAGACAACGAAUUCGGAAUUCAACCAUAUUCGAACGUUCUAAAGAUCUUUGGUAUGUUGGAGAAGGAUAACGAUAAUCAAGUAUGUUAUUACCAACCAGGCGUGGGAGUUAACUUCAAAGCAGAAUCAAAUAAUUAUCAGGAAGUUAAUUAUGUUAGUUCGAAAGCUAGUAAGAUUACCAACUCUUUGGAUUCAGUAUUGGCAUUCACAUUGGAUAAACAUGUUAUUGCUGCUUAUAAUUUCUUAUGUCGAUUCUAUAAACGUGGGGAUCAUAUAUACUUGUUUGGAUUCAGUAGAGGAAGUUUCUGUGCAAGAAUAUUGGCAGGAAUGAUUGAAAGAGUGGGACUUCUUAAUAAAGGUUUGGAAGAAAUGACCCCAACUGCUUGGGAUCUUUACAGCAAUUGGGAAUAUGCUGGACAACCAGCACAAAUUGAUUCUUCAGUGACUCUAGUUGAAGCCUUUAGAAGAACAUUCUCAAGAAGUGAAGUUGAUAUCCAUUUUAUGGGCUUAUGGGAUACCAUCAAUUCAGUAGGAAUUAUAAGAGAUAGAUUAUUCCCUUAUACAAUUAGAAGUGCCAUUGUGGAACAUGUAAGACAUGCAGUUAGUAUUGAUGAAAGAAGGGCUAAAUUCAAACAAGUCCUUUUUGAACCUUAUAGUUAUUACCCUCAUUUAUUCAAUUUAGAUUGUGAUAGUUGUGAUGAGGAAGAUCAAAAUCAAGAGUCUGCUACAGAAACUUCAUCUCUCUUAGCCAGUACGGUAUCUUCAUUAUCCCUAUUUGGAAGUAAAGUGAAAAGAAACAGAAGUUUCAAACUUGAAAACUUGGUUUCUGAAGAUGUUAUAGAGUUGUAUUUUCCAGGAAAUCAUGGUGAUUGUGGAGGAGGUUGGCCCUCUGACUCUAACGGUCAAUUUCUCUCCAAUGUUCCAUUACGUUGGAUUCUUCUGGAAGCUUUGAAGUAUGGUGUCAUAUUUAAGAAGGGUGCACUUCAUGAAUUUGAUAGUAAACAUCCUUCAAGUGAAGGGUUACUUUCUUGUCACCAUGACAUGUUAUCUUAUAAGAAAGGUUACCCUCAUCGUCAUAAGGAAGAAUCAUUUGCAGACUUCUUUAAAAGAAUCAUAGGAUUUGGGACAACUACUCAACCAGUAGCCGAAAAUCAUACCAAAUUCCAAGGAAUCAAUUUCUUAGAUUCCAAUACAUUCAAUAAUAAUAUCGAGUUUGAAUUACCUGAUCAUCCUGUCAAGAGAUUUGAUGGUAGAGGAAACGAAAGUACUAUAGCUGUCUGGUUUUGGUGGUUAAUUGAAUUAUUACCUAUGGUAUAUAAAGUCGAAGAUAAAAACGGAGAAUGGAAGCAAGUUAUUAUACCCAAUCUUGGAAGACACAGAAAGAUCCCAAAUAACUGUAAGUUACACUGGAGCUUCUUUUUCAGAUUACACUAUAUUGAAGAUUAUACACCUCAUAACAUUUCCGAGCAAGACUUGGGAAGUAAAUUUGUGGAACUGCUUAAACAAUUCAAAGAUUAUGAUAAAGACAAAUUGAAAAAUUUUGCAACCGAUUUAACGUUUGAUAGGAUUAGAAAUUAUAAUGAUAAUGAUAAUUAUUAUAAUCAAAUAUGGGAAACAGUACCUAAUGAAUUACAAGAGUUACUAGAUAAUAAUCCAGACUUAUAA